AGGCCACAGGCUCAAGGAACCUUCCGCAUGAUUCCCGGCGGUUUCGCUUACAAGGCCGCCCUUGAGAAGUUUCAGGGCAACGCGCCGCUCCGCGCAUGGAACGCGGGGAUCUCCGCGGCUUCGAAGUCGCGGCGCUGGGAGCGGGGCCUCGGCCUGGCGGAGGCGCUGAGGCAGGCCGCGUUGCAGGCGAGCGUCGUCACCCACACCGCGGUGAUCAAUGCGAGGCCCGGAAGGUGGCGCUGUGCUAGCCUGCUGAUUGGCCGAAUUCGCCGAUCCGGUCUGCAGCUGGACCUCAUCGCCCUGGGCGCCUUCGUGGCAUCGCUGGAGAAGGGCUUCCAAUGGCGGAGGGCCCUGCACCGCUUCGGCCUCGCGACGUGCUGGGGCUUGACUCCUGACCGCAUCCUCUACAACAGCGCCAUCAGUGCCUGCGAGAAAUGCGGGGCGUGGUCCACUGCAGUAGCUCUUGCCACCACCGGGAUGGCUGACGUGGUGUCCUUCACAGCAGCCAUCAGCGCCUGCGAAAAGGGGGGACGCUGGCGGGUCGGUAUCAGCCUCCUCCGCGCCUUGCCGGCGCGCUUCCUGCGGCCCGGCGUGAUCGGUUGCAAUGCCGCAAUCAGCGCCUGUGACAAGGGCGGAGCCUGGGCCCAUGUGAUGUCCAUUGUGCGUACCUUUGUCAAAAGAGAUGUGGCUCCUGACAUUAUCUCCCACACCGCUUGUUUUGGCGCUGCCAGGAGCUGGGAGAGGGCAAUGCUGCUUUUGUCGCUGCUCUUUUCCCGGAGUCUCA